CACUAUAAAACCUUCAUAAGUAUUUCAUUACCCCACAAUCAUUGGUUAGGUUAUGGUUGAACUUCAUGUCCCAGAGUUCCGUGUUUUUCAUUUACUACUACUUCCUCCUGCCUUGCGCAUGCUCACAUCGUUGUAGAAUGCGGAUUUCGAAGCUAGUGAGAAUAGCUAGCCAGUAAGCUAAAAACAAGCUUCUUGUUGUUAGGCUUCAAACGGGCAAAAUGUCUAAAACACACUCGCAGCCCCCGUCGUCUUCGGCAGCGACGACUACCGGGGGACCCUCGUCGUCCUCUUCGUCUUCACCCGCAGGGGGCUCGACAUCUCCCGCAACCGUGUUGAACGUGCAGCCCGAGAAACCUCAACAUUACACAUAUCUGAAGGAGUUCAGAACUGAGCAGUGCCCCCUGUUCGUACAGCAUAAAUGUACACAACAUAGACCAUUUUCCUGUUUUCACUGGCACUUUCUGAACCAGCGGCGCCGGAGACCCAUCCGUAGACGAGACGGGACCUUUAACUACAGCCCAGAUGUUUACUGUACCAAAUAUGAUGAGGGAACAGGCACCUGUCCCGAUGGAGAUGAAUGCCCUUUUCUACAUCGGACAGCAGGUGACACAGAGCGCAGAUACCACCUCCGCUACUAUAAGACAGGAUCAUGUAUACAUGAAACAGAUGCAAAAGGCCACUGCAGCAAAAACGGCUCCCACUGUGCCUUUGCACACGGAUCACAUGACCUGCGCAGCCCUGUUUAUGAUAUCAGAGAAGUGCAGGUAAUGGAGUCUCAGGGAGGCUCUGGGCCCACAGAGGGAAGUGGAGGAGAUGGACAGUCUGGACAGGCAGCAAGUACAGCCCUCAUAGAGAAGAUCCUGAGCGAGGAACCACGCUGGCAAGAUAACAACUACGUGCUGUCCCACUACAAGACAGAACUCUGUAAGAAACCUCCUCGUCUGUGCCGUCAAGGUUAUGCUUGUCCAUACUACCAUAACAGCAAAGACAGGAGGCGCAGCCCGCACAAGCACAAAUACAGAGCAUUGCCGUGUCCAGCUGUAAAACAGAGUGAAGAAUGGGGGGAUCCAAGUAAAUGUGAGGGAGCAGAGGGAUGUCAGUAUUGCCACACAAGAACAGAACAGCAGUUCCACCCCGAGAUCUAUAAAUCCACAAAGUGUAAUGACAUGCAGCAGUGUGGCAGCUGUCCCAGAGGGCCCUUCUGUGCCUUUGCUCAUGUUGAAAGGCCGUUUGUUACAGAGGAACCACCAUUCCCCACACCAAGCUCCCCUCCGCCCCCCAGACCACCAGACCCUCUUCCCUCCCAGGAAGCAUCUUCAAGUCCCAUCAGACACAACAUGGGGCCUGGGCCUAGUUCUGGUUCUCUUUCAGACCCCUACUCCCCGUCCGCAGGGUCCUGCGUAGCGGAGCAGGGGCUGCUGGGUAGUGUUUUGUCCUUGUGUGAGGACAUGAGUGGGAGAGCAGAGCCUCUGUCUCCGUGGGCAGGAGAGGGAGGGUACGGCAGAGCACCAGGGUUCGAGAGGGAGGAUCAGGCAAAGCAAAGGAGUUUUGCUCUUGAGCAGCGCAACAGAGAGUUGGCAACAGUGCAAAGCAAACAGGACUUGCUAGUGUUUCUGCCUGUGGGAAGUCCUUUGAGUCUGUCCUCCAGCAUCCCUUCCAGCCUGGCCGCCACCCCCCCCAGCCCCGCCCCUCUCGGACCACCAGGAUCCAGCAUCUCCUCCGGCAUGAACGCUAACGCCCUGCCCUUUUACCCCACCAGCGAGACUGUAGAGUCAGUUGUUGAGUCGGCGCUGGAUGAUCUGGACCUGAACGAUUUUGGUGUGUCGGUGUUGGAGAGGAGCUUGGAAAGCAGCUCUGCUCUGCCCAGCGUGGGAGUUAUGCUGGGAGGUAGUCAGUUUCAGAGUUCUGCCCCAGUCAAUAUACCAGGAUCCUUUAGCAGCUCUGCUCCUUUUAGCUCCCCUUCACCAUCUCCUCCAAUCAGGCCACAUACUUCGCCAUUCUUUUCUACUCACCUGUCACAACCUGGCCAAUCAGAAAGCACCUUCCUGGGACCAUCUCACAGCUCUUUAGGUCUGAAUGGUAUGAGCACUAAUAUCUGGGAGCAUUUCCCAUCAGGCCAGGGUUCCCCUGGUACACCACCCACCCUCCUGCCCUCUGGGCCCUGUGCAGAGACUUCAAGGCUCAAACAGGAGCUAGAGGAAGCUCAUAGAGCACUAAAACAGUGGGGUCACAGCUGGAGGCACACAGCUCAGUCGUGGGCUGCACUUAAAGCAGAUGCAGAGGAGUCUCGUGCACAUGCAGCACGGUUAGCCAUGGAAGCAGAGAGAGCCAAGCAGGCUGAGGAGGAGGCACAGAGACAGGCUUCUCUCCUGCAGGAAGCCCUGGAGAGCUUAAGGAGUGGAGACAACCCCCAUCUAGCACUGCAUCAACUCCAGCUACUACACAGACUACCUUUGGAGUCCGUCCUCAGUUUGCAGGCUCAGCUCUGUAGCUGCUUACAUGCUGUGGAACAGGUGGUGUACAGGAAACAGAGACAGUGCUGUGUGACGUGUGGGGAGGCGGGCUCAGUGUCCCUGGCCUGUGGCCAUGGACUACAGUGUGAGAGCUGCUCCACCUCUACAGAGUGCCCGCUCUGCCCCGAACAGACCCUGGAACAACAGCUCUCUUGACCCCACAAGCCGCUUGGACCACCACAGAGCACCACAGAUUCCAGACCAGUCAGUCCUGAUUCCAUAGAUACCAGCCUUGGAUGUCAACCGCCAUUCAAAAUUAUGUCGAGGUCAUUUUAUAAUGUGGUAAUAACAAGCGCUGAUCUGGUUUUGUAUUUUUAAGAUGACGUUUACUGAUGAAUGACCAGCACAGGUCACUAAGUGAAAGCUCUUAAUGUGGAAUUUAAGGAUGAAUCAUUGUUGUCGUGGUUACCCGUGGAACACCAAUAUUUUUUACUAGUUAAUGCUCUUGACCAACAACACUGUUCUUUACCCCUGCUCUUGAUUCGUAAAAAUUACUUAAAGACCUGCUGUUAUUUCUUCUAUUACUCUCAAAUAUAUACAUAUAUAGAUCUAAAUUGUACUUAAAUGUUUUAAAGCUAAGCUCACCCUAAAGAACACAUUUCCAGAGUGUUAUUGAUCCAUCUGGAUAGCUUCAGUGUGAUUUGAUGAGAUUUAAAGAUUUUUGUCGUCUCUUACGUACAUCAAAGGUCAGCGGCAUUGGAUUUUUGGCACUCAAUGCUCCAAAACAUUUCAUAUAAAAAUGUAACAGUUGGGCCUCUUUCCAGAAAUAAUUAUUAACGGCAGUCGUCAUGAACGAUUAUCUGAAUCCAGAGUCCAUGUGAAUGUAAAACUACAAAGGUCUUAGCUGCAGAAUAUCUAAGUCAUGCAUGUUGGCCAGGUAGUGUCCCUCUGGUGCACUCUGCUGUGUGCUUGCGGCCAAUCCAGGGUCCCAUGAGUGACUGUAUUAUGAUUUCUGAAAAGAUUUUAAAAGCUUCUAGAUCAGGGGUAGGCAACCUGAGGCUCUGGAGCCACAUGCGGCUCCUCAGGCCAUUUGCAGCGGCUCCCAGUGGCUGUGACAACAAUAUUAUACGAAAUUAAACAGUUAUUUACAUUUUAAUGUUAGUCAGGGUUCGUAUGGGUGCUUGAAAUCCUUGAAAACGCUUGAAUUUAAAUGUUGUAUUUUCAAGGUUUAAAAAGUGCUUUGAUUUUGGAUAAAGUGCUUGUAAAUGCUUGAAAUUCUCACUGUAUUUCUCUUGCAAUCUGACUAUAUCCAUCUAUAGACUAUAGAUAAUCACAUGUUCAAUGUAAAAAAUAAUGAGUAGCCUAUCUUAAAAGAAUACCGUUCCUCCUAAAAAUGUACCAUCGCUGUUGGUGUGGUUCAGUGAAAUCUCCCCCUUUUAGUAUGUAAGUACUCAUCUAAAAUAUGCAAUUUACAACAGGUGUAAGAUACUGGAAAAGCUUGAAAAUAUACCUUGAAAGUCUUUGAAAAAUGCUUGAAUUUGACCACUGCUAAACUGUACGAACCCUGGUUAAUGUUCAUGUUUAUCACUGGUGUAGGCCCAAAGCAAUUUGUAUUCUUUGUGUUCUGACAUUAACAUUUUUUUAAACAUUUUAGUCAACUAAAUUGCUUACGAAAGUCUACAGCCCGGCACCUUAAACUCUAAAUAUUGCCAACUUCAAGUCUUGUUUUGACUUGCUGCAUUCUUACAAAAUCAUAUCAAGAAAUGCUCGUUAUGACCUUCUAGAGAUGCUGGUAGGCUAAUUGAUGGUAGAUUUAGUAUGUUGUUUUACUUCAUUGUAAGGCUGAAAAUAAGGUCUGUGGCUCCAUAAGACAUUUUUCUCUUUUUUUGGUCAACAGUGGCUCUUUUUCUAGUAAAGGUUGCCGACCCCUGUUCUAGAUGGAUGGAUGACACUGCAAGUUUGCACUUAGCAGGGUAUUUGAGCUGUCUUAACAAAGUGAAACUGGUCUGACUGAAAACACUUAAGGGCAUAUUUAGCAUCAUCCAGACAAUGAUCCUAUAUUGCUAUAGCCAAAAGGAGGCCGUCGUACCAGUCUGCUGGUAGUGCUUGUCUAGAUUAUAAUGAAUUUCUUGUUGAUUUCUUGAUUCUUUUUUAUUCAUAGGUUUUUUUAUUUAGGAAAAAAAAAUGUAA